AUGACCAUUGGAGAAUCCCAUCGAACAGCCCACAUCUUCCGCCAGCUAAUCCAGAACUACACUACCUCCCUCGCCCUCUCCGCCCUGACAGAAGACUUUCACGACUAUGCUUCUUCGGUCAACAUCAUCAUCAACAAAGGCGCUUCUGGGCCUAAGAACAUGGAUGCGCCUACGUUUGCAAGUCGGGCUGCUUUCGUCGAUGGGCAGGGGAAACAGCCGUCUAUUCCGUUCGAGAUGCUGGGUGUUUGGGGUGGGUGUCGCUUUGUGGCGGUUCGCUGGAAAACGGAGAGGAGCGCGAAUGGGCAUGUUUCUGAGUCUGACGAUAUCGUAAGUGGCAAGGACCUGGGAUUGGGAGACAGUGAUGCUGAUCAUGAGCUUGUAGCCUGUGCAUGGCAAUGCAAUUCUGGAAGUCGAGCCUGCCGAAGAGGGGGAUGAGUAUGCUUGGAGGAUCUCGAAGAUUUGGUCGGAGUUUAACUCUGCUGCUUGGCUUGUCAAUUUGGGAGUCUUCAAGCCGGACGAGAGACCGGACGCAGAGGAUGUGAAGCAUAUGGAGCAGUUUUAG